UCAUGCUGGCCUGGAACUCACAGUGAUCCUCCUACCUCUGCCUGUGCUGAGAUAAAAGCCAGCACCACCACGCCCGCCCAAGCUGCUUUUAUGAGCAAAGCUUGUUUUACCUAGCAACAGUUGCUAAGUAAGUUACACCUGAAUGCAAGAGACUGCAAGGGAGCGACUGCUUGUAUCUUGCCAAAUCCAUUGCACACACCUUGUAAGAUAGGCCGUAGCGCCGUUCACACUGCACCUAGCAGUACCUGCCAUGAUUCGUUAUUCAGUCCUUCCAGUCUGUAGCAUCACCUUCAAACCCUGAAUCUCGUCCAUCUUUCUUAAAUUUCUACCUUUUCUGACUCUAAGAUUAACUAUAAGUAGUAGAAGACACCUGAAAUUCAACUAUGAUCAGAAAUCCAGAUUAUACAAAUUUUGUUUGCUGUGCUGUUUGUAAUAAAAUAGUUCCACCAGCCCCUUUUGGGGAAGCCUUCAAAAAGAUCCAUGAAUACAAGCCAUUUAAGACACGCUUUCACACUCACAAAGAUAUACUGGAAAUUGGGGAAAAUAUUCUGAGCCAAGAAGAGCAGCAUCAACAGGCUAUAAUCAAAGAGAGCAUCGCCAAGGCCGAGGCCAAGGUGUGGGACCAGGCUCGUGAACUCCAGAAGCAAGCAGUGGAGAAAGCACUUGAAGAUGCAAGUACCAGACACAGAUUUGAAAUUCAGGUUUUAGAAGAGAAACAUCAGAAAGACCUACAGGAAAUGGAAGAAAAAACAAAGAUAGAGAUGUUCAUGAGCAUGGACAAACAGCUGAAGAGAGAAAACCUGGCUGCAGAGCAGCGCAUGGUCCACAGAAUCCAAAGGAUCAUGAUGGAAUGCCACAGAGAGAAGAUGGAGGCUGUGAAGAAAGCCAGGGAAGAGGAAAGACUCAUUGCCAAAGAAGCGAUCCAGGUCCACAAAAGCAAGGCUUUGGAGGAGCUCGUGGCUAGUGGCGUGACAGCACUUAAAGACCAGAAGGCGAGCUUGGGCCACCUGAUCAAAGUAAAGGAGCACGAAAUGAACAUGUACUAUGGCAUGGCUCAGAAGCAUAAGCAAGAAGAGGUGCAGGAAAUACUUCAAGAGACACAGAAAACCCACCAGGCUACUCUGGAGAACGUGAUGGAUAAACUGGUUAAUGCCCAGGGGGAGCUGGUGUCUGUGGCAAGGCAACUGGGAAUCAUGACAAGCUGGAAAGAUUUCCUGGAAGAGGAGCUACAGGAGACCAGGGACGCAUUUCAGAAGUACAUCAACUCCACCUUCCCUGCGCUUUCACCGGGGCAGGCUGACUUCAUUCUUCCAGAAAGAAAGAAGACCCCUUUCAGUCUGGGGAUGGGAAACAAUGCAGGUGCUGACUAG